AUGCCAAUCCCAUUGGCUUUAGCAGCUCCAGCAGCGUUGGCUGGUUUGGCAUACGCCAAUGCGAAACUUUCUUUGAGCUACGAUUAUCAAUUAUUGGGUGCUGCAUUAAAAGCAUAUUCCUUUACCAGCAAAAGAGAAAAAGAUGAUCGUCUUAACAUGUUUUAUGUACUCGAGGAGCAUGCGAAAGGAAAAUUUGCAAACGACACAUUCAUCAUAUUCGAAGGCAAGAAAUGGACAUUCAAGGAAACGUACGAUAUAGUCUUGAAAUAUGGAACAUGGCUGAAAAAUACCCAUAAUGUUAAGCCGGAGGAAAUCGUUGCUAUGGAUUUCACCAAUUCAGAUAAUUACUUCUUUCUGUGGUUUGGAUUAUGGAGUAUAGGUGCCAAACCGGCCUUCAUUAACUACAAUUUGACGGGCAAGGCAUUAUCCCAUUGUGUCAAAGUCUCCACUGCAAGGUUAUGUAUCGUGGAUCCAAUGGUCGAAGAGAAACUGACGCAGGAAGUUCGGGAUGAGCUUCCGGAUAUCUCUUUUCAAAUUCUCACUCCCGAUGUAGAGUCUACGAUCAUUUCCACUGAAGGUGUUCGAGAGCCGGAUUCUACCAGAUCCAAGCAAACAAAGUCAAUGAUCGGAAUGUUGAUAUACACCAGUGGUACUACAGGCUUACCAAAACCCGCAGUCCUGGCUUGGGGUAAGGCAAACUUUGGAUCGACUAUCAUGCCGAAAUGGAGCGGAUACAAACGACCCGAUGUCUUGUAUACUUGUAUGCCUAUGUACCAUUCUGCUGCUAGUGUUCUUGCUGUCUUAGCAGCUUUGAACAUGGGCGCAACAAUAUGUAUCGGCAGAAAGUUUUCCACAAAAACAUUUUGGAAGGAAGUUCGAGAAUCAAACGCGAAUGUUGUUCAAUAUGUCGGGGAAGUCUGUCGCUACCUCUUAUCCGCACCUCCUCAAUACGAUCCCGUGACAGGCGAAAAUCUAGACAAGAAAAAUAACGUUAGAAUGGCGUUUGGCAAUGGCCUAAGACCUGAUGUAUGGAACAAAUUCAAGGAACGAUUCGAUAUCAAGACUAUCGCCGAAUUUUACUCCGCUACUGAAGGUGCAGGAGCUGGCUGGAACUAUUCUAAUAACGAAUUUAGCAGGGGUGCAGUAGGUCGUAACGGAUUUAUUUACUGGCUCGUAUUGAGGAAAGGAUGGGCCGUGGUCGAGUUGGACGUUGAAACGGAACAACCCUAUCGAUCGAAAGGUACCGGAUUUUGCACCAAAGUACCUUAUGGAACUCCAGGAGAAAUGCUGUAUAAGCUUGAUCCCGCCGAUAUAAGUGCAGGCUAUCAAGGGUAUUUCAACAAUGAAAGCGCCUCCGAUAGUAAAGUAUUACGAAACGUUUUCGAAAAGGGUGAUGCAUGGUUUCGAACAGGCGAUAUUAUGACAUGGGAAAAUGGUGAAAAUGUCUUCUUCAAUGAUCGAAUCGGUGAUACAUUCCGCUGGAAAUCGGAAAAUGUAUCAACAAACGAAGUAGCAGAAGCGUUAUCCACUCAUCCGGCUAUUCAGGAGGCAAAUGUCUAUGGAGUUUCCCUGCCCCAUCAUGAUGGACGAGUAGGUUGUGCAGCUGUUAUUCUAAAAGAUCACAAUCCAAACAUUAUGAAGGAUUUGGCGAUCCAUGCGAAAAAGUCACUGCCAAGCUAUGCGGUACCAGUGUUUUUGAGAGUUAAGAAAGAGGGAGAGGAAAUGGAGAUUACCGGGACGGUAAAGAUGGUUAAACAUGUGAUUCGGAAGCAGGGGGUGGAUCCGAAGGCGAUCGAAGAGAGUGGGGAUCAGAUGUGGUGGUUGAGAGGGGAUGAAUAUGUAAAGUUUGGAGAGAAGGACUGGAAUGAAUUGAAUGGGGGGAAGGUUAAACUUUAG